AAAGGCGCUAUUUCAUAUAAAAAUAAUUAAUCGAAUCAGCUAACAACUUCAACCAAAAAUAAUAGUCAAUAACUAUUUAUCAAACAGACUUGUAAAAUAUAACGUCGUUCUAUGACAAUAUGAAUGUUUGAUUAAUUUAUCAACAAAGGAAAACGAAUAAGGUCUCUAAAGUCAUACAAUUACAAACAAUUAUGAGGAGAAAGGGUCUAACUAAUAUUAAUUCAACAACUUGUAUAGACCAUAUAAAAAGAUCACCAACCAACAACUAAAACAAUUAUUUAUACCAACUUAGAAUCUAUUUGUCCAAAAAGAACCAUAUAUUCCAAAACACUAGAAGAUAAUGAGAAGCACAAAUCAUACUUUUGUACCUUAAAAAACACAAUUACAUAUAUAAAAACUCCCACUAUUUUAUCAUCAACCAAUUAUAGAUUGUGCUUUCUUUAAUUUCUCCCAAAAAAACACAAACUUUAUUGUGUAUUUAUAGAAAAGAGAAAUAUAUUGUGUUUCUUCUUAAGAGUGUGAAAGAGGAUAAUGGAAAUGGUGUAUUAUCAACUAGGCAAGUCUUCAUACAAGGAUUUGCUCAAGGAGCUUGAAGCUGAUAUACAACAUGCUAAUGCCUUGUAAGUUAUACCUCAACUCCGAGUAGCUUUUUCAAUGGUUUUGAUUUUUUAUCUAACGUUUCUUUUACUAACCAGCCAACCAUCAACAAUUAAUUUCUAACAAACAAGCUAGCUAAAAUACUAAACCAAACUAGCUGGCAGAGGUAUAUACGCGUGUGAGGGCGCCUUACACGCGUAUAUGUACACACAUGCUAGCAAGGGAACACCAUGCUUAAAUCAAUUUAGUUACGAAAAGUGGGUUAUGGAGAUCAUAGAAGUAUUUAUUUGGGAUUUUUCUUAUUUGAAAAUUCUUAUUUUCAGGGUAGCUGCAAUUCCAAAACCAAAAGGGGGUGCUUGCCUUCAUAUGAAAUUGGAUUAUAAUCAACUUUCUCCUUUGUUUUUCCUCUUGCUCCAAUGGUUUGAUGGUUCUUGUUCCUGCUUUUUCCCAUCUUACUUCAAUCUAUUCCACAUUCUAAUAUAUGAGGUGUAUCAAGAUGGAAGAACACACAUGUCUACACUAGGGAGUAAGGCAACAGUUAGAGAAUUUUAUGCUAUUAUACUUCCAUCUCUAAAACGGCUUCACAAUGACUUGGUGGAGCAAGAAAGUAGUGUUACUUUGACCAGUCAAAGUGAUGAGAAGGAGCAAUUAUUAGGGCAUGGUAGAAGUAUUGAUCAAGAAAGAGAGGAAGAAUGUGGGAUAUGUUUGGUUCCAACUACCAAAAUGGUCUUGCCUAGUUGUUGUCAUGCAAUGUGCAUCAAUUGUUACCGCAACUGGAAUACAAGGUCAGCAUCAUGCCCCUUUUGCAGAGGAGGAUUAAGAAGAGUAAAGUCAGAGGAUUUGUGGGUUCUGACAAGUGAAUCUGAAGUGAUAGAUGCAGAGACAGUUUCAAGGGAGGAACUGUCAAGAUUUUACCUUUAUAUUCAAAGCUUACCCAAGGAUAAUCCAGAUGCCCCUUUCUGGAUCUAUAAUAAUUACUUAAUCUAAUGCUAAUACUACUUAUCAAGCGAUAAUGUUGUUUAACAACAAGGGCUUAGUCAUUUAAUUAGUUUUCAGCUUUCUGACCUUCUUCCAAUAUUGGUUGAAGAAGUACUCAGAAACAGUACAUAAUAAAGUACAUUUACUGGUCAACAAUUAGCCAAUUAGGAGAAAAUAAUAUAGAUUUCAUGAUUUGAUAAUUUCCCAUGUUCUUUUUUUUUUUUUUUUUUUCCCUUUGUGCCUCUUGUUGUCAUCAAAAGUCAACCGGAAACAUCUAUAACACGGGUAAAGUUGCCUACAUCUAAAUUCUGUAGCUUCCUAUUCUUGGGUAAUAGUGUGUUUUUAAUGUCUGAUCUGUUUUAGUUGGCGAGAAAAUAAAUGAAAU